UAUAGCUUUGUUUCCGCUCACAAGAUUUAUAUUCACAAUUCUUUUCAUCUCUCAUACCGGCCAACGCAAAGAAACAAUGUCGAACGUUGUAGUAAUCGCUCUUGUUCUCGUCGCAGCAUCGCUAACAGGACAUGUGUCAGCACAAAUGGAUAUGUCUCCAUCUUCAGGACCAUCGGGAGCACCAGACUGCAUGACGAACCUAAUGAACAUGACGGGCUGUCUCUCUUACGUUAUGGCCGGAGAAGGCGGAGGUGCGGCCAAGCCGGACAAGACUUGUUGUCCUGCGCUAGCGGGGCUAGUGGAGAGCUCGCCGCAAUGCUUAUGUUACCUCCUCUCCGGAGACAUGGCGGCUCAGUUGGGAGUCCAGAUUGACAAGGCAAAG